GCCGGUGGACGAGUUUUGUAGACGUCUUGUGAAGUGAGGAUUAAAAUGCAGUGUAGUUUAUUAUUUCUUUUGGCUGUGUGCGUUGGAAGUUUUGCUAGCAAAACUGAAUUGAAUGCGACACUAUUAGAAUGGUUUCCACCGUUCUUCAGUUUAGACGACUGGGGGUCGUGUCAGCGGCCUAUGGACAAAUACUGCAUCGUCGACGCCGUACUUCACUCUAGCAAACCUUCACCACUUCUUGAUGUUUUAGAAGUAUACUCGUCUGAGAUGUAUAAGCACUAUAAUAGAACACAGAUCCAUCGCGGUGUAUGCGUAUCAAGAUGUCCCGGGAAAAAUAAAACAGAUAGUUUAGUCGAAGCUGCUCAGAGCUGCAUCGACGAGAAUAUUAAGGCUUACGAUCUCGAGGCUGAAGUUGUAUCGGCGAAAUGGUGCAAUACGGCUGGCGUUUCGCGUGUGUCGCAGUCAGCGCGGGUCAUGGCGGUCGUAAUGGUUACAAUUUUGGUAAUAACUAUUGCAGCCACCAUUGUCAGUUUUGUGGAUCCAAAAAUGGGUAACAGAUAUUUAAUGGCAUUUUCUCUCAAGAAGAACUGGGAAAUUUUGACAUGCUCCAGAUCCAAUCCAAAUAGCGAUCCUCGUCUAAAAUGUUUCGCUUCUUUCGAUGGAAUUAAAGCAUUGGGUAUACAAAGUGUAUUUUUCACGCAUAUUAUAUUGAUACACGCGUAUGCGUACUCCGAUAAUCCAGAGUUCAUAGAAAGGUUCUAUGACCAGUUUCCGUGGAAGGUCCUGAUGAAUUCGCCACUCCUCCUCCAAGCUUUCUUCGUUUUGACCGGCUUCAUGACAGCUUACAUGGCGUUAAUAGUAUCUGAAAAACGAAAAAUUACUAUAUUAGGAUGCUUUUAUUCAAUAGUUAACCGUUGGUUCAGGUUAGCCCCAGUGGUGAUAUUUGUAUUAUGGUUCACCAUGGCCUGGUUCCCAUUGAUGGGAUCGGGCCCCCACUGGUCUUGGAUCGUGGAGAAGGAGGCCCAAGAGUGUUCAGAAAUCUGGUGGUACUACUUGUUCUUCGCACAAAACCUCAUCGGAACAGAGCGGUUUUGCUUGAGUCAUUUAUGGUAUGUAGGUGUUGACAUGCAGUUCCACAUCGUCGGUAUGCUGCUGCUAUUUGUUCUGGUUCGUUACCGAAAGAUGGCAUUACCAGUACUACUCCCCUUGUUCAUUGCUCCUGGUAUAGCAUCAGCCGCUGUCAAUUGGAUUAAUGAAUAUCCUCCCAUCAUUGCUGGACAGCCCCCAGAAGUACUUCGGAGACUAUUUGCAGACUGGCCUCGUACGACAAGUAUAUAUAUGGCACCCUGGAUGAACCCUGGAUUCUUUGCAGGUCUCGCCACUGGAUUUAUCCACUACUCCAACGAAGAAAAAGGAAUCAAACUGAAUGAAAAGAAGUGGUUCUGCACUCUCAGUCACAUAUCCAUGCAUCUGAGCAUGGUUGUCUCGGUAAUAGGAGUCAUCUUCAUGGCUGAUGACUUACCACCAUGGUGGGCCACGGCGGUAUACUCCGCCUUAGAUAGGAACCUGGUUGCUUUAUUCAUGAGCCUCCUCCUUUUGGGCUUCGCGAGUAACUGUCAAUCCAUUGCCCUCAAGAUAUGCUCGUGGCGAGGUUUUCGAGCUCUGGGAAAACUGUCAUACUGCGCGUAUAUUAUACACUUUAUCAUACUUCGUUUAAUUAUGGGAAGCAACACCAAUCUUGUGCACAUUUCUAUAUUUUCCAUGGUCUGUUACGUCAUCCUAACAACGAUCCUUACGUAUUUGGCGUGUGUCCCUGUGUACCUGAUCAUUGAGUUGCCAAUGGUCCAAUUGUGGAAGGCUAUAUUUGAGGCUCCAAGACGUUCACCUCCGGUGGAACCAAUCACAGUAAAGAUGGAACAAGCGAACAAUGGCCACGCAGAAGUGUAGUUGCAAACGAAACUGAGUAGAAUAAUUUAUUUAUAUAGAAUUGUUAAACCAAAUAAAUGGAGCCACGAGCCUGCUAUUUCAAUUGUCCAAAUGACUAAAAUUAAUUUAUAUAUUGCCGAUCACCUUACUUCGGCACAUACUAUAGUACGCAGGCAUGCAAAAGCAUUGACAUUUUGAAAAUAGUAGACUUGAAGCCAAGCUAGAAUAAGACGAGAACAAAACCAGAAACAUGUAAUGUUUCUCAAUAGCACUAAAAAUCUGAAAGAGCUUUUAACUUUCGAACUCGAACGAAUUCCGUAUGCGGUAAAUCUAAGUUUCAUAUUUGUGCCAAUUUUUCUCUUACAUAGGUUAUAUAGGUUUAUCAAAAAGUUAUGUUAACUAUAACUCUAUUUAAAACUUCAGCAAUAGGCUACACAAAAUUUCAGGACAUAUUAAUACCAAACACUCAAAGAAUUGCGCGGACUUUAGGGAUGGGCACAUGGAUAGCGUGUUGAAGGUUGUGCGAGUGACUUUGUGAGCAGUGAGCCUUCCCACACGAAGUCCCUAGGUUUCUAAAUUAUAGCAAAUAUCUUAGUAGCAUCGUUUUUUUCCUAUUAGAAGAUGCACAAUCUGCAUGUCUAAUUUGAGCGCGUUGAAGAGCUAUCUGGGCAUAUUUCAAAUGCUAGAAAAGUAAUUUUACAAUUGUUAAAAAAGGCAAAAGACAUCUUUUUUUACCUAAAAUUAGAUUAUUUAUUAAAAAAAGAUGUAAUAUUUUAUGUUUAAUUCGUUAUGUAAAUAUUGUAUUUUAUCUUAUGUCUUGUGAUCCUAGUUCAAACAUUUUAUUUUCACUCUUUUGUAUUAAAAUAUAAGAAAAAUAUUUUAUUUAUAUUCGCUUCGUAUAUAAUAUAUUAGUAAAACUUAUAUAUUUAUUUACUUAUUUUAGUCAGAUAUUUUUUAAGCCGAUAUUACAUUAGCGUGGUCUCUGGGUAUUCAAAACAACGUACUUCACUUUCAGUAGGAGUAUAAAUAAAAAUGACUGUAAUUUAAAAAUAUUGUAAGCAGGUAUCUGUAAGAUUAUAAAUUUUGUAAAUACAAAUUAUGUGUUUUCAUGACUUCCUUUGAAGGCCGAAUGUCAGGUACGACCUUGAAACUUGUAACUUAGAAAAUGUAUCUGCACAAUUGUCAGACAGAAAUAUGUAUUUUUAUACAAGUUGAAAAUGAAAGGGUGAGAAUUUUAAAAAGUUCUAUUUACAAAAUUAUGGAUCAGCCGUGCGAUUCUGUUA